AUGCGCGCCCGACUCGUCAUCGGCCCGCGCCUGCUGCGCCGCCUGCGCCGAGACACCAUGGAGGGGCAUCUGUACCGCCGGCUGCCGCCCGAGGAGACCGGGGAGCUGCGCCUGCAGCCCCAGGACUCAGAAAAAGCCAAGACUUUGGUACAUGCCUUCCUGAAGCGCAGCAUGCCCAAAAUGAAAGAUGAGGCUAUCCAGGAUAUGCUGACUAGGAAAGCUGUGGUUCUGGAGCAUUAUCACAAGAAACAGACCAAGCAGAAGAGGAAAAAGACAAAAGGUUUUACUGCCAAGCAGAGGCGAGAGCUGCGUCUGUUUGAAAUUGAGCCUGAGCAGCAGAGAUAUGCCAUCUUCCUCCCACUCCAUGAGCUCUGGAAACAGUACAUCAGAGACCUGUGCCAUGGCCUCAAACCUGAUGCGCAACCCCAUAUGAUUCAGAGCAAGCUGCUCAAAGCUGAUCUCCAUGGAGCCAUUGUUACAGUUACAAAAUCAAAGUGCCCCUCUUACGUUGGGAUAACAGGAAUCAUUCUACAGGAAUUUAAACACAUCUUCAAAAUUAUCACUAAAGAGGACAAAUUAAAAGUUGUUCCCAAACUUAACAACGUGUUUAGCCUGGAGCUUGAUGGGUUCAUUUCCUACAUCUAUGGCAGCAAGUUCCUGCUCAGAGCAAGUGAGAGAUCUGCAAAAAAAUUCAAGUUGAAAGGAACUAUUGACCUGUGAGUUCAUGGAAAGUCAGAAGCAGUCACAGAAAUGUCUGUGAAACUGUUUUCCUGCAGUUCAAAGAGCAGGGUCUCUGGCAGAUGGAAGAAGCAACAGCCAUGUGAAAUAUUUAUAAAGCAUUUCUUCUUAUUGAAGAUUGGGCAGUAUCUGCUGUCUUGAAGCUGUCUCACCAAUUGUUGAAAUUGGUUGUGUCUGGUUUUUUAAUUUGUAUAUAAUACUCUGUCUUGUAUUAAAGCUAUAUGAUUAAUAUUAACUACCUGACUUCUGUUUCAGUUUGUAAGUGUAAAUUUGCACAGUGACAAUAAUACCUUGUAACUUGGUAAUAAAUAUUAUUGUUGCCUUCUGUA